AUGGCUCCUCCAGUCUGGACUCUGGUGCUGCUGGUGGGGGCUGCAAUCUUAAGGAAAGAGAAGCCUCCAGACCAGAAGCCAGUCGCCGACAGCUCUAGGGAUGACUCCAUUAUCACCCAGUGUGAUUUUGAGGACAACUCCAAACCCUUCUGUGAUUGGACACAAGUGUCCACAGAUGAUGGGGACUGGACUCGAACCAGCGGGCCCUCCCCCACCGGCAGCACUAGGCCCCCUGGGGGGUAUCCCAAUGGAGAGGGCUACUUCCUGUACAUGGACUCGAGCACCUUCCCCCGGGGCGGAGUGACCCGUCUGCGCAGCCCCCGAAUAUGGGAGCAAGGCCCCCUGUGCGUGCACUUCGCUUACCACAUGUUUGGACUGUCAUGGGGCGCCCAGCUCAAACUGCUGCUAUUCAGGGGCACCAAGGACAAGCACCCCCACCUGCUCUGGAAACACCUUAACACCCAGAGCCUCUCCUGGAUGCCCACUGCUGUCACUGUGCCGAUAGGGCACGCCCUGCCCAGCCGGCUGGUAUUUGAAGGAGUAAGGGGCAGCACUGCUUACCUGGACAUCUCUUUGGAUGCCAUCUCUGUCCAUCGUGGCUCCUGUAAUCAAGUCUGCAUAAUGCAUACGUGUAGUUUCGACACUCCAAAUGAUCUCUGUGGCUGGAGCUGGAUCCCAACAGCCUCUGGGGCCAAGUGGGUUCAGAAGAAUGGGUCAUCAGGGGUGUUGAACGUGGGGCCUGAGGAUGACUUCUCCAGCCCUGGUAGUGGUUUCUACAUGCUCCUGGACUCCAAAAAUGCAAAACCAACGCAGAAAUCUAUCCUCCUGAGCCCCCUGAGCCAGUCGUCUGGCUGUCUGAGCCUGUCUUUCCACUAUACACUCCAUGGCCAGUCUCCUGGAGCAGCCCUCAUUGUCUAUGCUUCCGUCUUGGGUAGCAUCCGGAAACACACUCUUUUCUCAGGACAAUCUGGUCCCAACUGGCAGCCUGUUUCUGUCAAUUACACAGGCCAGGGACAGAUUCAGUUUACUGUGGUGGGCGUGUUUGGAAAGAUCCCAGAACCAGCUGUGGCAGUGGAUGCAAUCAGCAUUGCUCCCUGUGGGGAGAGCUUUCCUCAGUGUGACUUUGAAGAUGAUGCCCAUCCUUUCUGUGACUGGGCCCAGACAUCAGGGGAUGGUGGAUACUGGACCAGAGGUAGUAAAAAUAUGCCUAUCCAGCAUACAGACCCCUUCGGAAUGUUAUUUAACAGAGAAGGUGGCUUUAUCUACCUUGAGGCUAACAACUUCUCCCGGGCAGGCCAGUCUUUCAGACUGGUGAGUCGGCCCUUCUGUGCUCCUGGUGCUGUCUGUGUGGAAUUUGCCUACUACAUGUAUGGCCUUGAAGAGGGCACUAAACUGAGGCUCCUCCUGGGGAGUCCUGCAGGCAGUUCCCCAACUUCUCUCUGGCAACGCAUUGGGUCUCAGAGCCCUGACUGGCUGAAUGUCUCCAUCACCAUCCCUUCAGGACAUCAACAGCCCAUGCAGUUGAUACUUGAAGCCAUCAGAGGUACCAACACUGCCUUUGUUGUUGCUGUGGGUUUCAUCUUGAUCAAUCACGGGACCUGUCGAGGUAAGACAGAACCCAAGACCCCAGAAAUGCUUCCUUCCAAAUCUGCUGGCCCUUCUGAAACUCCUCUCUCCACUGAAAAACCUAUGGCCACCACAGGAAAACCUGUGGCCCCCACAGAAAAACCUACUGUCUCCAAUGAAAUAUCCACCAUUCCCACAGAAAAGCCCACUGUCCCCACAGAAAAGCCCACCGUCCCCACAGAAAAACCCAUCUUCUUCACAGAGAAUCUCACCAUUUCCACUGAAAAGCUCACUGUUCCCACUGAAAAGCCCACUGUCUCCACAGAAAAACCCACUGUCCCAUCUGAAGAGCCCACUCCCAUUGUCUCCACAGAAAAGCCCACUGUCCCCACAGAAAAGCCCACCGUCCCCACAGAAAAACCCACCGUUCCCACAGAAAAACUCACCAUCCCCACAGAAAAACCCACCAUCCCCACAGAAAAGCCCACUAUCCCCACAGAAAAGCCCACCGUCCCCACAGAAAAGCCCACCGUCCCCACAGAAAAACCCACCGUCCCCACAGAAAAACCCACCAUCCCCACAGAAAAACUCACCAUCCCCACAGAAAAGCCCACUAUCUCCACAGAAAAGCCCACCAUUCCCACAGAAAAGUCCACCAUCCCCACAGAAAAGCGCACUGUCCACACAGAAAAACCCACCAUCCCCACAGAAAAACCCACCGUCCCCACAGAAAAGUCCACUAUUUCCACAGAAAAGCCCACCAUUCCCACAGAAAAACCUGCUGUCCACAUUGAAAGGACCACUGUCCCUAUGGAAAAGCCCACCAUCCCCACAGAAAAACCCACCAUCCCCACAGAAAAGCCCACCGUCCCCACAGAAAAACCCACCAUCCCCACAGAAAAGCCCACUGUCCCCACAGAAAAGUCUACGAUCCCGACAGAAAAGCCCACUAUCCCCACAGAAAAGCCCACUGUCCCCACAGAAAAGUCUACCCCACCAUCCCCACAGAAAAACACCAUCCCCACAGAAAAACCCACCAUCCCCACAGAAAAACCCACCAUCCCCACAGAAAAACCCACCAUCCCCACAGAAAAACCCACCAUCCCCACAGAAAAACCCACCAUCCCCACAGUAAAACCCACUGUCCCCACAGAAAAGUCCACUAUUCCCACCGAAAAGCCGACUGUCCCUAUAGAAAAGACCACCAUCCCCACAGAAAAGCCCACCGUCCCCACAGAAAAGCCCACUAUCCCCACAAAAAAGCCCACCGUCCCCACAGAAAAACCCACCAUCCCCGCAGAAAAGCCCACCGUCCGCACAGAAAAACCCACCAUCCCCACAGAAAAACCCACCGUCCCCACAGAAAAGCCCACCAUUUCCACAAAAAAGUUCACUAUCCCCACAGAAAAGCCCACCAUCCCCACAGAAAAACCUACAAUCCUCACUGAAAAAACUAUGGUCCCUACUGAAAAGCCCACCUUCUCCACUGAAAAACUGACUGUCCCCACUGAAAGGCCCACAGCUCCUGCAACACCUCAACCCAGCCCAACACUUGUACCCAAAGGGCCUACAGUCCUGGUAAUGCCUCCUACUAUUCCACAAACCUCCAUGACCACUGUGACCCUGGCUACCACUGCAACCCCUAGACCUAUUCCAGCAAGCUGCCCCGCAAAUGCCCACUACGAACCUUGCGCCUGCCCGGCAUCCUGCCAGAGCCCCAAGCCUAACUGCGGACUUCUCUGUAAGCCUGGCUGUGUCUGCAAUUCUGGCUUUUUGUUUAAUGACUCCCACUGCAUCAAUGCCUCUUCCUGUAACUGCUUCGACAACAACAAUUCCUAUAAGCCUGGGGCAGAGUGGUUCAGCCCCAAUUGCACAGAACUUUGCCGCUGCUGGCCUGGAAGUCGGAUAGAGUGCCAGAUCUCUCAGUGUGGGACACACACGGUGUGCCAGCUGAAGAAUGGCCAGUACAGAUGUCACCCCUAUGACACUGCCACCUGCUUUGUCUAUGGAGACCCUCAUUAUCUCACCUUUGACGGGAGGCACUUUAAUUUCAUGGGCAAAUGCACCUACAUCUUGGCACAACCCUGUGGCAACUCAACAGUGCCCUUCUUCAGGGUGAUGGUGAAGAAUGAGAAGCGAGGACAGGAAGGCACGUCUUGCCUAAACAAAGUCUACGUGAGGCUACCCGAGACCAACAUCACCCUGCUCCGGGGCAGGCGCACGCUGGUUGGGAGUCAACAAGUCACUCUCCCAGCAAUACCUUCUAAAGGCAUCUUCCUGACUCCAAGUGGGCGAUUUGUAGAACUGCAGACUGCGUUUGGUUUACGACUGAGAUGGGAUGGUGACCAGCAGCUGUUUAUGAGUGUGCCCAGGACCUACUCUGGCAAACUCUGUGGUUUAUGUGGCAACUAUGACGGUGACAGUAGCAAUGACAACCAGAAGCCCGAUGGCAGGCCAGCAGGAGAUGCGGAGGAGCUGGGCAAUAGCUGGCAGACAGUGGAGGACAAAGACGAGGAGUGCCAGAAGAACCCGGUAAAUCCCCCAUCUUGCAGCUCAGCCUUACAGAAGACUCUCUCGGGGCCAGAAUUCUGUGGACGGUUCAUAGUCUCCCAUGGAGCCUUUGAGGCAUGCCUGCCUCAUCUCAUGGCCUCUUUGUUCUUUGACAACUGCAUGAAUGACAUGUGUAACUUCCAGGGGCUGCAGCAGAUGCUGUGUGCCCAUAUGGCGGCCUUGACUGAGACCUGCCAGGAUGCUGGCUACAUGGUGAAGCCCUGGAGAGGACCCCAGUUCUGCCCUCUGGCCUGCCCACCCAAUAGCAAGUACACGAUGUGCGCCAAACUGUGCCCUGACACCUGCCAUUCCAGGUUCUCUGGCAUGUCCUGCCAGGACCGAUGUGUGGAGGGCUGUGAGUGCAACCCUGGCUUCAUCCUCAGUGGUCUUCAGUGCGUCCCCCAGUCCCAGUGUGGGUGCCUCGACCCCAUAGCCGGCUACUUCAUGGAAGGGCAGCAGUGGUUCAAGCCAGGCUGCAGUCAGUUCUGUGUCUGUGAGCGCAACAACAAAAUUCACUGUUUUCUCUGGAAGUGCCAGGCCCAGGAGGUCUGUCGUCAGCAGGAUGGCAUCUAUGAUUGCUAUGCCCUGGGGUCUGCCACCUGCACUGUCUCAGGGGAUCCCCACUACCUGACAUUUGAUGGAGCCCUGCACCAUUUCAUGGGCACUUGCAGCUAUACCCUGACCAAGCCUUGCUGGUCGAGGGCCCUCGACAACUAUUUCGUCGUGAGCGCUACCAACGAGUUCCAAGGUGGGAACUUGGAGGUAUCCCGCGUGAAAGCCGUUCACGUCCAGGUCUUCAACAUCAAAAUCUCAUUAAUCAAAGGCCAUAAGGUCACGCUGAAUGGUCGCCGGGUGUCCCUGCCUGUGUGGCCUUUACAAGGUAGGGUGAUCAUGAGGCCCAGUGGCAACUUUAUCCUCCUCAACACGGAUUUUGGGCUCCGAGUUCGCUACGAUGGGAACCACCUGGUGGAAGUGACAGUGCCCUCCUCCUACGCUGGCCGGCUCUGUGGGCUAUGCGGGAACUACAACAACAACAGCUUAGAUGACAAUCUGAAGCCAGAUAAAAAGGCUGCAAACAGCUCCAUGCAACUGGGGAUUGCCUGGAAGUCAAAUGAGUACUCUGAACCUGGCUGUUUCAUCGCUGGUGGCAAGCCUCUCAGAUGCCAGGGGAGGAAAAAGACAAACAUCUGGAAAAAGAAUUGUGAUAUCUUAAUUAACCCUCUGGGACCCUUCUCUCAGUGCCACAGGGUGGUACCCCCGCACUCCAGCUUCAACAGUUGUGUGCAUGGCCAGUGUGGGACCAAGGGUGAUGCCCUGACCCUGUGCCGCUCCCUGCAGGCCUAUGCCUCCCUCUGCACCCAGGCCGGCCAGACCCCCGCCUGGCGGAAUAGCACCUUCUGCCCUAUGAAGUGCCCAUCUGGCAGCAGCUAUAGCCCCUGUGCCAACCCCUGCCCAGCCACCUGCCUCAGCCUGAACGCCCCACAAGACUGCCCGGCAGCACUGCCUUGUGCUGAGGGCUGCGAGUGCCAGAAAGGUCACGUCCUGAGCGGAACCUCCUGCGUGCCCCCCAGCCAGUGUGGCUGUAUCAACCCAGGGGGGGCCUACUACCCGGUUGGGGAGAGCUGGUAUGCAGACAAAACCUGCUCCAGGCUCUGCACCUGCUCUACCUAUAACAACAUCUCCUGCCUCCAAACCUCCUGCAAGCCUAACCAGAUGUGCGGGCCCCUGGAUGGGCUGAUACGCUGCCGGGACGGUAUUGGAGUGUGCAAGACCUCAGAUAAUUCCCACUAUGUGAGCUUUGAUGGCAGUCGUCAUGCCAUCAAGAGCACCUGCACUUACACCCUGGUGAAAAUAUGCCAUUCUACCAUGGACCUGCCUUUCUUCAAGAUCAGUGGCAAGAAUGGGAAGAGGGAAGGCCAAACCCCCACCUUCUACCUCCGCCAGGUCAACAUUGACAUCUAUCACUCCCUGGUCACCCUGCAAAAGGGCCACCAUGUGCUGAUCAAUGGCAAACAGGUCACCCUUCCUUCGACCAACCAGAUCCAGGGUGUCAGCAUCUCUGCCAACGGUGUCUACACUGUGUUCAGUGUUAACACUUUGCUGCAAGUCAAGUUUGAUGGCAAUGGGUUCUUAGAGAUCAAACUCUCUAGAGCCUAUUAUGGAAAGGCCUGUGGCAUGUGCGGGAACUUCAAUGGUGAGGAAGAGGAUGAACUAAUGAUGCCCAGUGACGAAGUAGCGCAGAAUGACUUCGAAUUUGUGGACAGUUGGCAAGAUAAGGAGGCUGACCCCAAUUGCCAACAAGAUAACCAGAAAGAUGACCAGAUAAAGACCAAAGCAGGGCAGCGGGAGAAGCGGAAUGCAAACUGCAGGCCAGCUGACCUCGCGAGAGCCCAGGAGCAAUGCCAAGUGGCCUUUCAGCCUCUGGCCUGGACUAAGUGUGCCACCCGCGUGGCCCUUAAGCCCUUUCUGCUCAGCUGUAUGCACAAUCUCUGUGAGUUUGGAGGCCAGAAACGUGCCCUCUGCGAGUCUCUGCAAGCCUUUGAGGCCACCUGCCAGGCCCAGGGAUUCAAGCCCUCAGUCUGGAGAAACAGCAGUUUCUGCCCUCUGGAAUGCCCCACCCACAGCACGUACACUACCUGUGUUCCCUCCUGCUCACCUUCCUGCUGGGACCUGCAAGGCCAGUGCGAGGACACCGUAGUCCCCUCCACCUGUGAGGAGGGCUGCAUUUGUCAGCCCAGCUACGUGCUCAGUGAGCAACAGUGUGUGCCCAGGACUCAGUGCAGCUGCAGGGAUGCCCAAGGCGGCUCCCUCCCAGCAGGGAAGACCUGGCUCUCCAGUGGCUGCACCCAGAGGUGUACCUGCAGAGCAGGAGCCAUUCAGUGCCGGCCCUUCAUCUGCCCUUCUGGCUCCCACUGCCAGCCCAGCUCCAACGGCAACAGCAGAUGCACCCCCAACAAAUUGGAACAAUGCUCAAUUUUCGGGGACCCUCAUUACCGCACAUUUGAUGGCCUCAGCUACCGCUUCCAGGGCCGCAUGACCUACACACUGAUCAAGACAGUGGACAUGCUCCCAGAUGGCGUAGUGCCCCUGGUUGUGGAGGGACGCAACAAGAUGUAUAUACCGCUAAGCACGAUCUUCCUGCAUGAAAUCAUUGUGAUGGUCUAUGGCUACACGGUCCAGCUUCAGGCUGAACUGCAGCUUGUGGUCAACAACCAGAAGAUGGCCAUCCCCUACAAUCCCAAUGAGCACCUAUGGGUUACCAUGAGGGGCCAUCGGCUGUAUCUGAUCACUGACUUUAAGCUGGUGGUCAGCUUUGGUGGAAGGAACAAUGCAGUGAUCUCCUUGCCCAGCAUGUAUCAGGGGCUUGUGCGUGGCCUGUGUGGGAACUUUGACAAGAACCCGAAGAAUGAGUUUAUGCUGCCCAAUGGAGCCCUCAUUCAGAACAUAAACAAUUUCGGCAACAGUUGGGAGGUGAAGAUGAAGGGAGGCCUUGCCCGCUUCUCAAGGUCCAUCCAAGAGGAGGAGAAGAGAGAAAAGGAGGAGUUGGGCUUUCAUGUGUCAGAUUGCAGCCCGGAGCAGCUAGAGCUCAUCAAUAGCACCCAGGCCUGUAGGGUGCUGGUGGACCCCCAGGGACCCUUUGCUGCCUGUCACCAGACUGUGGCCCCAGAGCCCUUCCAGGAGCACUGUGUGUUUGAUCUGUGUGUCGCCCGAGACCCCAAAGCGCAGGAGGAGCUGCGCUGCCAGGUCCUCAGCGGCCUUGGCAUGUCCAGCCAAUACUGUCUAUCAGAGCUGUAUGACACCCUGCCCUGCCUCCUGUGCCAACCUGGCAGCCCCUGUGGACUGCAAGGGCCCUUGUGUGGAAGGCUGUGCCACCCUCCCAGGCUAUGUCUACAGUGGUGCCCAGAGCCUCCCCUGGCCCUCUGUGGCUGCACCAACAACGGCAUCUACUACCAGCGGGGAGACAGCUUUGUGACUGAUGAUUGCUCUCAGCGCUGUACCUGUGCCAGGGCAAAGGUCCUGCUGUGUGAGCCCCUCAGCUGUAAUGCCGGGGAGAUCUGCACCUUGGGGAACCACACUCGUGGCUGUUUCCGAGAAAGCCCAUGUCUACAGAACCCCUGUCAGAAUGAUGGGUGGUGUCAGGAGCAUGGUACCCACUUCACCUGUGAGUGUGAACUUGGUUAUGGGGGAGAACUCUGCACGGAGCCUAAGGAUGUGCCACCCCCCAAAAAGCCAGCAUCCAACUUUGUGGCCAUCCUGUUGGGAAUGCUGGUGCCUGUGGUGGUCAUAGUGUUGGCAGUGACCAGAAAAUGCUUUUCCAGGAAGAGGAGGAGGUGAGUUCUAAGAGAGGAGACAAGGAGGGGUGGCUAG